AUGCAAAAAAACGAAAACACAAAUUGUCAAUUUUUUCAAAAUUAUAGUGAAAAUAAAAACAUGUGUAAUGAAGAUUAUAAAUUAAAUAAUGAUAUUAUAAAUGAUGAAAAUGAAAAUGAAAAUGAAAAUUUAAUGAAAAAUGAAAAUAAUAAAAAAGAAAAUAUUCCUUAUAAGCAUGAAUCUAAAACAGAUAUAACUAGUAAUACUUUUGAUGAUACUUUAAAUAUCAAUUUAAAUAACGAUAAUAAUGAAGAUAAAAUAAUAAAAAAUUAUUUAAAUGAUCAAAUAAAUAAUGUAAUUUCCGAUGUUAACAAAGAAAAAGAAAAUGAACCUCAGUAUGUUGACAAAAUUAGGGAUAGCAAUAGCGAUAUGGACGAUUUACCAUUAUUGAAAACAUAUAACAAUAGUGAAUUAAAAAUUGAUGAUCAAAUAAUUAACAAAAAAGAAAAGAAAAAUGAAGAAAAUAGUGAAGAAAUAAUUAAAAAAAAGGAUUCAUUAAAUAAUAAGGAGAAUGUAAUAAGUAAUACGAAAGAAAAUCAUGUAGGAUCUGAAGUAAGUAGUGAUGAUGAAUUUUUAUUAAAUUUAAUUAAAAAUGAUAAUAAAUUAAAAAAAAAUACCGAAAACAUAUGUGAUAAGUCAAGUUAUGAUUCUGACGAACCAAUUUUAAUUAGAAGUAAAAUAGAAAACAAGAAUAAUAAUAAAAAAAUUACAGACAAUAAUAAUGAAAACGCAAAUGUAGUAAAAAACAUAAGUGUAAAUCAUAGUAAUAAAACUAUUGAAAAAAAAUUAAAUAAUAAUGUAAAAAAGAUAAAUACAAAAAAAGUUAGUGUUAACAAAAAUAGUAUUAACAAGGGAAACACUACUAAAAAAAUUAAUUCAAUGACAAAAAAUAAGCCUAGAAAAUUAAAAAAAAAAAAAAAAAAUAAAAAAAAAGAAAGAAAAAAAAAAAAUACAGAAAAUAAAUUAGAUAAAGAUUAUAAUGACAAUGAUAUUGAAAAGGAUUCUAUUGUUAUAGGGACUUUUGAUCCACGUAAUCGUUCAAAUAAAGAAAAAUUAGUAGCACAAUUAUUAAUUAGAUGGUGGUAUGUAUUACCUGAUUGGCCAUUACCUGAUUAUAAUUAUGAUGAAGAAUUAAAAAAAAGAAAAUUAAAAUUAGUUUCAUUAGAAGAAUAUGAAGAUAAAGAAGAUAUAGAUAAAGAUGGAUUUAGAAAAGUAUAUCAAAUAUCAGCAUUUCCUGGAGUUUUUAGAGAUGCAAUGGGAAAGGCUUAUGAUUUAAGAGAUAAAAAUACAUGCCCAUGUUAUAAUAAUUUAAUAAAAAAAACAGAUUAUGAAUUAUUAGAAUUGAUAUGUGAAGCUAUUAAAAACCAAUUAAAAUGUUUAAAAAAUUCUGUUUACAAUGAAGCUUACAAUGAAAAAAGAUUAGAAAAAGAAUUAAAAGAUGCAGAAUUAAAAUUAAGCAGAAUUACAAAAAAAAAUAAACAAAAAUAA